GAUGCAAAGGGUUGAAAGCAAAGGAGUCGGAGAGUCCCGCUGAGACGGAAACACCUUGGUUGCCUGGGGUUUAACGCCCGGCGGGCAGUGUCAGCCCCCCUAAGGUCACCGCUACAGACCCCUGACCCCGGACAGCGCCCGUCCCUAACGGACCGGAGCCUCCCCGGCGCCCCGCCCUCCCUUAAACCUCAGGGGGCGGAGCCCCAGGUCGCUUCCGGGGCCUCGGGUGCGCGGGGAGACGCCGGCCCUGCUGCGCGUGCGCCGUGGCCCCUCCCCGCGAGGAGGGCGGGUCCCGCUCCUGCUUCCGGGCGGUGCGGCGGCGGGAGGCGUGUGUCCCGCGGUCGCGGCGGCGUGGCCGUGUGGCCUCUUCCCGGGGAUCCCUCUCCACGCGCCCGGUGGGCUCCCUUGUCCCCGCGGGCCCCCGCUGGGUGCCGGGCCUGUGCGCAGACCGGGCCCCCUGCGGGGCGGAGCCGUUGCCCACGGCCACCGAGUCCCUCUCCCCCGCAUCCGUCCUGAGACCCGGUUCCUCGCAUCUCCGGAGCCGUGAGCCGUCUCCGCACAGCGCCCGGUGGGGGAGGAGCCCGAGCAGCCCGAGGCCGAGGCGGAGAUGGCGGCCGCCCAGGUGAGGGGCGACUGCUCGCUGAGGUUGCCUGCUGCACGUUUUCUCUCUGAGCUGUUGACCUUCGGGGACGUGGCCAUCCGGUUCUCCCAGGAGGAGUGGGAAUGCCUGGCGCCUGCCCAGCGGGCCUUGUACAGGAGCGUGAUGCAGGAGAACUACAGCAACCUGGUCUCUGUGGCAGUUUCUUCUCAUUACAAAAAAGGAUUGUUACCCCAGGAAGCGAUAAAAGACGUAUUCCAAAAAGUGACCCUGGGAAGAUCCGGGAGCUGUGAUCAGAGACAUUUACACCUGAGGACACACGGGGACAGUGAGGAGGAGCAGGAAGGGCAGGGCGGCUGUCAUGGAAGAGUGCAGGGUCACGGCAGGGACUCCCGUGGCGGACCCCUCCGUGAGGGUGCUCAUCAGGACGUGUCGGGGAGCAAAGCCCAACUUAAGUCAGUUACUAUUGCUGAACAUUGUGUUACUGCGCAUAAAUGUCAUCGGCCAGUUUUGAAACAUAACUUUUCUCAGAAAGAAAAUUUGGAAAAUCUUAAAGUUGAGCAAGGCCAUGUUUCAAAUAAUAACUUCAAUCAUUUUAAAUACAGCCAUGCACUAGAUAUUCAGUCACAUAAUUUUGAACCCCAAAGAUAUAAUGAUGAGAAAAUGUGUCAGUAUAUUAAAAUGGAAAAUUCUUUGAUGAAGGAUUCAUUAUUCUUCCAUAAACAGGUAAUUCCCAUUCAAUCUAAAGCGCACAGUUUUGAUAACUAUCAGAGAGACUCUACCCUCCCACCAUUGCUUAAUGAAUGUCAGCAUAUAGAGAACGAGGAAGAACCUUGCAUGUAUAGUAAAAGUAAGCAGGCCGUCAGGAAGGGCUCUCUAUUAAACAAUUGCCAAGGUAUGUACAUUCUAGAGCCGGGAUACCAAUGUAUGGAACCUGGAAUGACCUGUAACAGAGGAUCAAGCCAUAGAGAACAUCAGAGAAACGAGAUUCCAGAAAACCAUUCCCCAUGUGACAAAUGGGGACAAGCCUUCAAGGACUGUGUCCAAACUUGUGAACAUUUCACAAAAGUGAUUAAACAUCACAGAAUUCACACUGAUGAGAAAGCUUGCAAAUGUAAAGUAUAUGGGAAUGCCUUCAGUGAAUCUUCCCUUCUAAAUAGUCAUGAGAGUAUCCCUUCUGGAAAGCAACCAAUCCAAUGUGAAUUAUGCAGUAAAUCACUCACUAAUUCCUCAAUUCUUACUGGUAUUGACAGAAUUCAUACAGUAGAGAAACCUUACAAAUGUAAAAUAUGUUACAAAGCCUUUAACUGGCACUCAAGUGUUAUUAAACAUCAGAGGAUUCAUUCUGGACAGAAACCUUACAGAUGUAAAGAAUGCAGCAAGUCCUUUACUUAUUCCUCAAGUCUCACUGUGCACCAAAAAGUUCAUACCGGAGAGAAACCUUACAAGUGUAAAGAAUGUGGCAAAGCCUAUAAGCAGGGUUCGCACCUUAAUCAACAUAAGAGAAUUCAUUCUGGACAGAAACUUUUCAAAUGUGAAGAAUGCAGCAAGUCUUUUUAUUAUUCCUCAAGUCUUAAUGUGCACCAAAAAGUUCAUACAGGAGAGAAACCUUACAAGUGUAAGGAAUGUGGCAAAUCCUUUACUUAUUCUGCAAGUUACAAUGUGCAUGAGAGAAUCCAUACUGGAGAGCAUCCCUACAAGUGUAAAGAAUGUGGCAGAUUCUUUAAGUGGAGGUCACAGUUUACUAGACAUCAGAGAAUUCAUUCUGUACAUGUACCUUACAAGUGUCAAUAAUGCAGCAGCAAAUCCUUGUUCCUCAUACCUUACUGUGCACCAAAAAUCUCAUAUCUGAAAAAACGUUAGAAGUAUAAAGAAUACAGCAAAUCAUUUUCUUAUUCCUCCAGUUCAUUUGCAUGUGAAGAUUCAUAGUGGAAAGAAGCCUUACAUUAGAAGGGAUGUGGAAUAAUCCUCUCAUUGGUCCCCACAUGUUAAAUGAAAUCAGAGAAUUCAUUCUGUAGAGAAACCUUACAGAUGUAAAUUAUGAAGCAAGUCUUUUAAUUUCUUCCACAAGUCUUACUGUGCACCAGAGAAUUAAUACAGGAGAGAAACCUUAGAGAUGUAAAGAAUGUGGCAAAAGUGUAGUUAUUCCUCAAGGCUAAAUGUGCAUGAGAGAAUGCAUACUGGAGAGAAUCCUUACAAGUGUAGUGAAUGUGGCUAAUUCUUUGCUUGUUCCUCAAGUCAGAGCGCAUGAGAGAGUUCAUAGUGGAGAGAGGCCUUACAAGUGUAAGGAAUGUGGCAAAGCCUUUAAAUGGGGCUCUCAACUUGCUGAACGUAAGAUAAUUCUUUCUGGACAGAAACCUUAUAAAUGCACAGAAUACAGCAAGUUCUUUAAUUGUUCUCAGGUCUUUCUGUGCAUCACAAAAUUUAUACAGGAGAGGAGACUUAAAGGUGUGAGAAAUAUCACACAUGCUUUAAGUGGGGCUCACAACUUACUAAACAUCAGAUAAUUCAUUCUGGACACAGACCUUACAAGUGUGAAGAGUGCAGUAGGUCCUUCUUCCUCAAGUCUUACUGUGCACGAGAGAAUUCAUACUGGAGAGAAACCUUACAAGUGUGAGGAAUGUGGAAAAGGCUUUAAGCACGACUCACACCGUAAUCAACAUCAGAGAUUUCAUUCUGGACAGAAACCUUUCAGAUGUGAACAAUGCAACCAUUCCUUUACAUCUUCCUCAAGUCUUACUGUGCACCAGAGACUACAUACAGGAGAGAAGCCUUACAAGUGUAAAGAAUGUGGGCAAUCCGUCACUUAUUCCUCCAGUCUUACUGUGCAUGAGAGAAUUCAUACUGGAGAGAAGCCUUACAAGUGUAAGGAAUGUGGAAAAGCAUCUCUGUGGUCCUCAUGCCUUAAUAAGCAUUGGAUAAUUCAUUCAAGACAGAAACCUUACAAGUGUAAAGAAUGCAGCAAGUCUUUACGUCUUCCUCACAUCUUAAUGUUCAUGAGAGAACUCAUACUGGAGAGAAACUUUACGGUUGUAAAGAAUGUGGCAAAGCCUUUAAGCAGGGCUCUCCCUUUAACAUCAGAGAAUUCAUUGUGGAGAGAAACCAUACAAAUAUAAUGAAUGUGGUAAAUCCUUUACUUAUUCCUCAACUCUCAGAGUGCAUGAGAAAGUUCAUAGUAGAGAGAACCUUACAAGUAUAAAGAAUGUGGAAAAGUCUUCAGUAAUUCAUCAAUUAUAAAUAAACAGAAGAAUAUUCAUACUGGAGUGAAAUAUUACAAGUGUAAGGAAUGUAACAAAGCAUUUAUCCAGGCCUCAGUCCUUAAUAAAUGUCAUAAAAUUCAUUCAAGACAGAAACCUUACAAAUGUGAAGAAUGCAGCAAUUGAUUUCGUGUCCCCGAGAAGUUAGUCUUCAUCAGAGGAUACAUACUAGAGAGAAACUUGAUUUUUACACAGAUGUAGGGUGGAAUUUCGUGUAAACUAUACAUGUAGGGAGCAUGAAAGCUUUCAGACAAAGGGAGAAGAAUCUAAAAACUGUAGCAAAGCUGUCAACUGUUUCUCACAUACUGUACAAAUGCAAAUUCAUAGUAGAGAGAAAACAUACCAACAUGGUUAAUACGGAUAUAACAUUGCCCAAGAAAUUCACCUUAAAAACAUGACAGUAUUCAUAAUGGAGAGACACUUUACAGGUGUAAAAUAAUGUUGGAAAGUAUUUAAGUCAAAAUGUAAAGUAGCCAGGAAGAGUUACAUAAGGAAGCUCUAAGGCACCAAAUUUUGUAGAGGUUACUCUUACAGUAUUAUAAAAAUGAUUUCAAAUAAACAGGGAUAAGAUAAUUGACUUGGUAAUUCGUGUCGGUCUAAAAGGGAUGUAUUUCCGGUGAUAUAGUGUCCUCCAGCCCCCCAGUCCGGAUGCCAUUCUCAAGUCCCAGGCAGUUAGCUGUGCUUCUGACCUACCAGCUACCGAUUAGACAUUCCCAUGACCCCCUUGGUUUUGCUUAAUUUUCUAGAAUAACUCACAAAGCUUUGGAAAACACAGUUACCAGUUUAAAGGAUACAACCCAGAUGAGGUGAUACACAGGCAAUUUCUCAAGAGCUUCCUUCCUUGUGGAGGUUGGCACCUGGCUCAGUGGCUCAUCAAGGCAUUCUGGUUCCACACACAGAUCUGUUCAGGGGCUUUUGUUAGGGCUUCAUUCCAUAGCAUGGCUGAGCAAAUUGUGUAUUGGCUGGUUCAUCUUCCAGCCCCCACCAUUGGGUGGUGGUCCAAAGGACUCAUUAAGGUGACAAGCCACCCAUUUCACCUUUAAGACUACAGUGUUUUCAGGAAAUGUGGAUGAAGACCAAAUAUAUCUGGGGAAUAUAUAUUCAUUUGAAUGACCACAUAAUUCCUAUGAUAUCACUCACACUGCCCCUUGAUGUUCAAAAACAAAUUCCUUAUAGCAAAUUGAUGAUACCUAUCGGAGCACUUUCUUCUGGCAGAGCAUUUACACAACAGAAAAUUUAAAAAUGCAAAUUGAGCUAACAUUUCAUGAAGCCAUUGUGUAGUGCAGACGUUUAAAGACACAUGUCAUUUGUCCUGUAAAUCCUUACAACCGGAGUUUGUACCACAUCGAUGUAACUGGCUUGCAGGCUGUCACUCAACUUGUCAUGUUCGCAAAAGCAGAGGUGGUCUCUGCAAACAAGGCCUCACCCUUCUGGGCAUCUGGUUUGCUUUUGCUAAGACAUAUUCUCUUGCUCUGAUCCUCUCUUAAGGCAUUAAUAAAAUACUGGAUUUCCCUUG